GAGAAGGAACCAACAAACUCAACCCAUUCCCCCCCUCCCAGCCCUUCCUCGUCUCUCUCAACCCAGCCUCCCAAACUUUGCCAGAAAGAGAGGAAAACCUUUUUUUUUUUUUUUUUUCUCAUUCCUUAUUGUUUGUCAAGUUAACAAAUUGUUUGCUUUCCGGGAAAUUUGAUUCUCCAACUCAACUGUCAUUUUCCCGGGAAACUUUACAGUACAAUCCCAAAUUGCUUGCUUUGACUGUGGGUGCUUUCAUUCUGGGAUUUAGUGAUGAAGAUUGAGAUAGGCAUGGGAGGUGGGGCGUGGAACGAUGAAGAUAGGGCCAUGGUUGCAGCUGUUUUGGGUACAAAUGCUUUAAAUUACUUGAUAUCAAACUCAGUUUCGAAUGAGAAUCUCUUAAUGGCUAUAGGCAGCGACGAGAAUUUGCAGAACAAGCUUUCGGAUCUUGUGGACAACCCCAACGCAUGGAACUUCAGCUGGAAUUAUGCAAUAUUUUGGCAGAUUUCAUGUUCGAAAUCAGGUGAUUGUGUCCUUGGUUGGGGAGAUGGUUCCUGCCGGGAGCCCAAAGAAGGGGAAGAAUCUGAAGGCACAAGAAUUCUAAAUCUCCGCUUUCAGGAUGAGACCCAACAGAGGAUGAGAAAGAGAGUUCUCCAGAAGCUGCACACAUUGUCCGGUGAAUCAGAUGAUGAUAAUUACGCUUUGGGAUUGGACCGGGUUACUGAUACUGAGAUGUUCUUCUUAGCAUCUAUGUAUUUCUCAUUUGCUAGCGGAGAAGGUGGCCCAGGUAAAUGUUUGGCGUCAGGGAAGCAUGUUUGGAUUGCUGAUGCUUUGAAAUCAGGGAAUGAUUAUUGUGUGAGGUCUUUUCUUGCAAAAUCUGCAGGGAUUCAGACCAUUGUUUUGGUGCCUACUGAUGCUGGAGUUGUUGAAUUGGGGUCAGUGAGAUCCGUCUAUGAGAGUAUGGAUAUUGUUCAGUCAAUAAGGUCAACCUUUUCGACUAAUAGUACAGUUAUCAGGGCCAAAUCUAUGGUGCCGGUGGCUGCACCAGCCUUGCCAGUGGUCAACACUAAGAAAGAUGAUAAUUCCCUGUUUUCCAAUGUGGGUAUUGUGGAGAGGGUUGAAGGAAUUCCAAAGAUUUUUGGCCAGGAAUUGAAUCAUGGUCAUGGACAGGGUUAUAGAGAGAAACUUGCAGUUAGAAAGAUGGAAGAGAGACCAUCAUGGGAUGUUUAUCAAAAUGGGAAUAGGCUUGCAUUUUCAGGUAAUCGAAAUGGCCUGCAUGGUUCAAGCUGGCCACAUGGUUUUGGUUUGAAACAAGGGAGUCCGGUGGAGGUUUAUGGCUCACAAGCCACAACAAAUAAUAUACAAGAUCUUGUUAAUGGGGCUAGAAAUCAAUUCCAGCCACAAAAGCAGGUGCAAAUGCAAAUUGAUUUUUCAGGGGCAACUUCAGGGCCUUCUGUGAUUGGUCUGCCGGUUAGUGUGGAAUCAGAGCACUCAGAUGUCGAAGCUUCAUGUAAAGAAGAGCGACCUGGCACAGCUGAAGACAGGAGGCCUCGUAAACGGGGCAGGAAGCCAGCAAAUGGAAGAGAAGAACCCCUUAAUCAUGUUGAGGCAGAGAGACAGCGCAGGGAGAAGCUAAAUCAGCGAUUCUAUGCCUUAAGAGCCGUUGUGCCCAAUAUUUCCAAGAUGGACAAGGCUUCUUUGUUGGGGGAUGCUAUUGCUUACAUAAAUGAGCUUCAAGCAAAGCUCAAGUUAAUGGAAGCAGAGAGGGAAAAAUUCGGUAGCACUUCAAGGGAGUCGUCUGCUUUGGAGGUUAAUUCAAAUGGAAAAAAUCAUUGUCAGACUUCCGAAGUUGACAUUCAAGCAUCUCACGACGAGGUUAUUGUGAGGGUGAGUUGCCCUCUAGAUUCACAUCCAGCUUCAAGAGUGAUCAAAGCUUUCAAAGAGGCACAGGUCAGUGUAAUAGACUCAAAACUUGCUGCAGCAAAUGACACAGUGUUUCAUACAUUUGUGAUCAAGUCUCAAGGAUCCGAACAACUGACGAAAGAAAAGCUGAUGGCAGCAUUUUCCCAUGAAUCCAACUCAUUACAGCAAGUAUCAUCAGUUGGAUAGUUGGAAGAAUCGCAUUUAACAUGUAGUUCAUAGGCGUAUUCAUAGUGAAGAACCCUUUUGAAAGCUUCUUCAGAGUUUUUGAUACAUGGGAUGGAGAGGGCAUCCACGCAAGAAGCCAGCCACCUAGAAGUAGAGAAUAACGACCUAUUGACCAAGUAGGGCAGCAAAUUUUCUGUGAUUGUUUAUAGUAUACAUAGCCUGUUUAAGGAAGUCUUCUUGGAAGAUGAAUUAAAUUUGUAAGUUUUAACCAACUUUACCAUUGUUGGUUAUUAAGAACUGAUAUAUUUGUUUUGUUCUUCA